CGCUCGACCAUUCCUCUGACGGGUCAGGCGAUGUCAAUCUCCCCUCCCAUUGGUCAGUACGAGGGGCGUGGAUAAUUAGUUUAGUAUAUGUUGCUAUAAUCUUGCAAUAUAAACGCCUUCUGGUAUAUGGGUCCUUCUACUUGGUCUUUAAGACGUUUUAAGCGUCUUGCUAUUCCUGUCGAUAUUUCUUGGUCUUGAGGCAUUUCCAUCCGGCAAGAACUCCAAAAAGACAUCAUGAAGAAUCCACUGCAGUUCAUCACUGUUGAGCCUGUACUGUUGAUGUACAUGACCGCCACCUUGAUGAUGACCCCGGUACUGCAGCAGACCAUCUACUACAAGCUGUGCUACCAGUUUAACAACGCCUCCAUCUGUGACAACCUGGGAGACUACAAGCACGUCGAGUACGAAGUUCAAGAGCAGGCCUCCCGAUGGUACCUGUACAUCACGGUCUGUAUCUCCGCUCCCGCCAUUUUCAUCUCCUUCUUCGUGGGCCCUUGGAGCGACAGGGUCGGGCGGCGGCUCCCGAUGUGCCUGCCGCCCGUGGGAGGCCUGCUCUACGCCCUGUCAUUUCUCGUGCAGUCGCUGGACCAGUUCCUGCUCACCAUCCCGGUGGAGUGGACGCUGGUCGGCGCCUUGGCGCAAGGCUUUCUGGGAGGAUACACCGUCAUCAUCCUCACCACUUACAGUUACCUGGCCGACGUGACAACAGAAGAGAACCGCACCAGACGCAUGAGUAUCCUGACCGCCAUGUUGACCAUCUCCGGCACCAUCGGGCUCGGUGUCGGCGGCGUCCUCGUGGACAACUUCGGCUUCUUCGUCGUGUUCGCCGUCUGCAUGGGCCUGCACGUCAUCAACUUCAUCUACAUCUGGGCCAGGCUGGGGGAGAAGAAAAGAGACGAAAACAGCCAAGUAACACACACUAAGGUGGACUGUUCGUAUGUGAUGAACACCCUGAAGGUCGUCACGAAGGUCCGCCCCAACAAAGGCCGUCUCCACCUCAUCCUGCUCUUCCUCUGCCUCUUCAUCUAUGCUCUCUGCAACACAGGUGUGAACGAGAUCGCCAUCUUGUUUACGAAGCGUACCGAGAUCGACAUGAGUAACUCUAACUACGGGUACUGGCAGGCCGCUCGUAACCUGGUCCCUGCGCUGUUCCUUAUGCUGCUGCUACCCAUUCUGUCAAGGUGGUUUUCUGACACCACCCUGGCUGCCAUCGGCGCAGUGUCUAGUGUGGGCAUGUUUGAGCUGAUGGCCUUUUCUGUCAAUGAAGCUAUGCUGUGGGCAACUGUAGCAGUGGGUGCGUUCAAUGGCUUCCUGAAUGGUGUGCUGCAUGGCACUAUGUCCAAGAUUGUGUCAGACGACGAACAAGGCUCGAUGUUCUCGAUCCUGUCUAUGCUGGAGACGGUAACGGUGGUGGUGUCAGCCUUCAUCUUCAACAACAUCUACCCGGUCACCCUCCCCACCUUCGCCGGCUUCCCAUUCAUGCUCAUGGCCAUCAUGUUCAUGGUGUCUCUCAUUUUUGUCGUCUGGAUCGAGUUGUCUUCUCCCUAUGCUCCAAAGAAGGUUGAAACUACAGCCGCAGCACCGGAAAUUCAGCUUCGCGAAAGGACAGCGUCCAUGCGGUCAGUGGCCAGUGGCUGAUUACUACUCAUCAUGUGUUCUCAUGGACUGAUACUUGAACGAAUUCGGAUUCUUAGGGAAUCCAUAAAGAUGGGCAUUGUCAUUUUAGUUCAGUUCAUCCUCUAUGAGGUAGCACUACUGUUUCCACCAAGUCCCUAUCGCCUAAAAUGGAGUAUAGUUUAUCAUAUUCGAAGUCCUGCAUCCUUCUCAAUUACCUUCUUGAGUGCCGAUCGCGUCUACGUCCCCAUCUAAAUAACAUAUACGGGAACCUCAAAGAGAAGUGACAUGUGUUGGAGCAUUCAUGUUAUACUGUAGAGAGACAUAUUGUAUGAAAUUUCUUGUAAAUGGUCUAAAUUUCUAUUCUUAUCAAUUGAUUGAUUGAUUUCAAUGCCAAAUGUACCUUGGGCUGGAUUAAAGAAGGCACAGAAGUCCGUAUAUAUACUUCACACGCUGUAUUAUAUGUUGUAAAAUAUAUGCCACUGUUUUUAUAGAAACAAAAUAGCACUCAAAUGAUAGAUAUCUAUAUGGUAUGCUGAAAAUACUCACAUUGUUUGUUGUAUACAUCGUUUUCUCACUUUUAUAUUUACGACUACAUAAUUAUUCAUUCUACCUAUUAUUCAAAAAUACCUCGAGUAAAGUCUUUCCCUACAGAGUUACACUAACACAAUGUAAAUAGCUUUAGUUCUACUUUAGGUUUCCAGGCCAAGCACAAGUGUGGGGGUAGGACAUACGUUACCAGUUAGUCCUGAUAGUAUUGUGUAAUGAUAAAGACAUCUGUGAGUUAAGACCCAAGAAAAGGACCCACAUGUCCCCAAGCCUGUCUUACUCAAAACACGACAUGACAUCCAUAUAUACAAAGCUAACACAGGUAAUCACAAAGCGUUAAGAUACAAUAUAGAGUCACGUUUUGUUAAUAUAUACCUCGGGUCUGUAAUCAAUGACAUUUUAUAAUCAUUUAACAGGGCUCAAUUGUAAAAAAAAAAAACUAAAACAGUACUCUCUAAGAAAUCUUUGUUAUACUCAUCAUGCAGUAACUGCUGUUAUAUGAGAUAUCAUUUAGCCUUACGUAUGACUUUGCAAUAGAUUUUUUAUGUCAUUAUCAUAGUUCUACUGCACUUAUAACAACUUGUAAAUGCAUCAUAGUCCUAUUACUUUCAACUUGAACAAAUUAAUGUGCCGUUAGCUAUUUAAAGACACAAGUAUAUAUAUUAUAUGCAUGUAUAGUUUACUGAGUUUGUUUGUCAAUAUAUUUUACACCUUGAUUCAAAGUAUGAAUUUGCGAUAUCUUUGUUAUGUUAUAAUUUAUCAUUUAAUUAGACCAAUAAACUUUUGAAAAUGCA